AAAGGUGACAGUUAGCAACAGCCCUGGCUGGGAAGGUCAGCCCAGCAGCCCAAGCACAUCUUGCUGAGCCUGGAGGAAGGAGGGGGGUCUCAUCUGAAAAACACUCUGCCCUUCAGCUGCUGACUUGGCCCCUUGUCACAGGCGCCUGGAGAGCAUGAAGGAAGAAUAGGGGCCCAGGCCAUUCCGCAGCACUGUGUUGGAAUACUUAUUGCUUUUGAGACUGUUCUGUUGGGCUCCCCUUCUCUUGAGCUUAGUGGAAGUGAUAUAGAACAAGGUGAGUGGCUGCCCAUAGGAAACUUCUAAUAAAACAACAGUUUUAAGUCCUCCUGUUGAUCAUGUAAGAAGGAACCAUUUACAAGAUGCUCGUGCACCAUCAAAUCCACGCCAAGUUAUUUCCUAAUUCUUCAAAAUGGAUAAAAUCAUUCAUAUAUUUUCAGACUGGAAAAUAUCAUAAAACGAAGAUUCCAUGAGAAUUGCCCUAAAUUUUUCCAGUGAAGUUACAGAGCAUGUUUUCAGGAUUCAAACAACAGGUGGGAGUAGAACAUUAGAGCAGGGUUGGUAUCAAGAGACGUAGGUGAUAAAUGGGAGCCAAAGCUGCCCAGAGCACUUCUCAGAAGCAGGGCAGCUGCAGAUAGGGAUUCUCAGCAUGUACCAACACCCAGGGCCAGUCCCUACCAUGUGCUUGAAUCACAAGCUCAAUGGGGCAAGCAGUAUCUGAAUUACGUGUGUACACAGCUUUUUCUCAUCAAUUCAGCAAUAAACGUAGCAAGUUCUUAUGGCAAGUGCUGAUGUUUGCAUAUUAAGGCACCCAGCAAGCCAAAGGCAAAAGCAAAAAAAAAACAAAAAACAUUUAGGACUCAAUGCUCUGCCACAGAAGUCAGCAGGAGCUCCAGAACAUCCUGCGGGUCUUGGGAACGCUCAAACCAACCCAGUGGUCACUCGUCUCUGCUGGAGGGCUGUACAAAGGCAAACCAAGCUGCCGAGGCAGUAUUUUUGCAGCCCAAAGCUCUCAGCAAGAGCUGAGAGUAGCUCAACCCACCACAGCUAGAGCUCAGAGUAGGCUCUGCAACCUUCCAACAUUGGCGAACGCAACUCUUCCUCGUACGUACUCUACCUCUUCCUUCUCUAAAAUGAAUGGGGCCAAAAGUAAGCCUUGUUUUUCCACUCUUGUUCUCUCAGUUUUCUUUCCAUGGCUUACUUUUCCAUGCUGGCAGACCUUCUAUCCCUUCAUUUUCCUCUCUCUGCUUCCCUCCCUUUCCCCCUCCCCCUGCUUUCUCUCCCUCUGCACUUUGUGAACUGCUGCUGCAGUGCUGAAGUCCAAAGUUCAGUAACUUGCUAAGCACACAGAUAAAUAUGAACCUUGGAGAAUUUACCAAUGUAAACAGAUAGCCAAGGGUCCCUUUAUCAGCACUGGCUCAGGACAGUCGUGGGGGGUCCGAAGUGGCUCAAUUUUGUAUUUUGUUUUUUUGGGGGGGGCGUAAAGGCGGGAGGCUGCGCUGUGCCCGCUGCUGACAGUCGGGCGUGUUACCUCAGGAACAUGGUGUAGGGAAGCUGGAAGCAGGAUAACGUGGAACUCAAACCCAAAGAACUGCAGCCUGAAGACCAUGGUCUCGAAGCUGAGCCAUCUUCAAGUGGAGCUGCUGGGAGCGCUGCUGGAGUCGGGGCUAACCAAGGAGACCCUGAUCAAGGCACUGAGCGAAGUGGAACCCUACAUGCUCCAGAGUGAAAGUCAGCAUGCUAUCAAUGCCCUGCAGACAGAGAAAGGGGAGUCCUGCCCCGAAAUCCCCAAUCUCCCCAAUGGAAUGGGGGAAACCAGGUUGUCGGAAGAUGAAACCUCUGAUGACGGGGAGGAAUUUACCCCUCCGAUAAUGAAGGAGCUGGAAAACUUGAGCCCUGAGGAGGCUGCUCACCAGAAGGCUGUGGUGGAAAGACUAUUACAAGAGGAUCCCUGGCGGGUAGCAAAGAUGGUGAAAUCCUACCUCCAACAGCACAACAUCCCUCAGCGCGAGGUGGUGGACACGACUGGUCUGAACCAAUCCCACCUCUCACAACACCUCAACAAGGGCACUCCCAUGAAGACCCAAAAAAGGGCAGCCCUCUACACCUGGUACGUCCGCAAGCAGCGAGAGGUGGCCCAGCAAUUCACACAUGCUGGUCAGGGGAUCUUGACAGAGGAGCCCAUGGGAGAUGAUCUGCCCACCAAGAAGGGACGAAGAAAUCGCUUUAAAUGGGGUCCUGCCUCACAACAGAUUCUGUUCCAAGCCUACGAGAGACAGAAGAACCCCAGCAAAGAAGAGAGAGAGGCACUGGUGGAAGAGUGCAACAGAGCAGAAUGUAUUCAGAGAGGCGUUUCCCCAUCUCAGGCCCAGGGUCUGGGCUCAAACCUGGUGACCGAGGUGCGAGUUUACAACUGGUUUGCCAACCGCAGGAAGGAGGAGGCCUUCCGGCACAAGCUGGCCAUGGACAACUUCAGCGGGCCGCAGCCCACCUCUGCUCCCCCUCUCACUCCUCACAACUCCUCCUCCCUUCAGCCGCCUCCUGCUCUCUCACCCACCAAAGUUCACGGAGUGAGGUACAACCAGCAGCCAGCCAGCGAGGCAGAGUCCUCCAGCAGCAACCACCACGGGAACAGCUCCAUGGUGACCACCCAAACCAUCCUGCAUCAGGUUUCUCCCCCUGGGCUGGAGCCCAGCCAGAACCUGCUGAGCACAGACACCAAGCUGAUCUCAGCUCCCGGAGGAACUCUGCCCCCCGUCAGCACCCUGACUGCCCUGCACAGCCUAGAGCAAAACCCCCAUGCGCUGGGCCAGCAAACUCAGAACCUCAUCAUGGCCUCACUGCCCGGCGUGAUGGCAAUCGGAGCCGGUGAGACCUCAUCCCUGGCGCCUGCAUUCACCAACACUGGCGGCUCCACCCUGGUAAUAGGCCUGACUUCAACCCAGCCCCAGAGUGUACCUGUGAUAAACAGCAUGGGGAGCAGCCUCACCACCCUGCAGCCAGUCCAGUUCUCCCAGCAGCUGCACCCGUCCUACCAGCAGCCCCUCAUGCAGCAGGUCCAGAGCCACAUCAACCAGAGCCCCUUCAUGGCUACCAUGGCCCAGAUACAGAACCCCCAUGCUCUCUACGGCCCCAAGUCUGAAGUGGCCCAGUACACACAUACAGGCCUCCUCCCACAAACCAUGGUGAUAACAGACACAGCCAAUCUCAGCGCGCUGACUAACCUGACACCAACUAAACAGGCAUUCACAUCUGACUCAGAAACCCACACAGACUCUGGGAUCCAUACACCAGUAUCGCAGGCACCAGCGAUACACCUACAGAACCAAGACACAACCAUCCAGCACCUUCAGUCUGGUCCUCGCCUCACCUCAAGCCCUGCUGUGUCCUCCAGCAGCCUGGUGCUGUACCAGAGCUCUGACUCCACCAACAGCCACAGUCAGCUGCUGCCAUCCACCCAUAACGUCAUUGAGACCUUCAUCUCCACGCAGAUGGCAUCCUCCACUCAGUAACACCAAGACAACCAGCCAAAGGGAGCUGCCAGGACAAGGCAUAAGGCGCAACUCCAACUGUGUUUGCCGUCACUGUCACCACUGCCUUCCACUGGAAGGAAUGGUUGCUGCAGUCAGCCAACCUCCAGCCCCUACUGCCUCAUAAAUCCCUCAUCCAGCUGCCUCCAGAAGAGAUGGCUCAGGCUCAGAGCAGGAGCUAUGGAACAGUGGUGCCUGCACUGAUAGGAUCUACAGACCCCCAAAACCAAACCCAACCCCACAAGCCAGCCUAGAAUGACCAGACAUCCUUGUGGAUGCUGAAGGAGAGCUAUAAAGUCAGAGAUCUGACUGGAAUACAGCAAAAAAAUGCCAAGAUGUAUGUGGAACUUUGGUUCUGCUCACCUUCACUAGGUUGGACCUGUACAAAUCUGCCUACACCAAAGUAAGCCAUGCAGAAAAGAGAAAAAUUGAGCUGUCAAAAAAGGGACACCAUCUUUAAAGCACUCUCCUUCUCCUUUGAUGUAAGGAAACCUGAAUUGGAAUUAUGAGAGAUAAUAUCAAGUUGGAGGCAAGAGUGAGAACCUGGCUUCUGACUUUGCAAUGAAAGUCACCAAGAAACUGAAUCAGGAAUGGCUCAGCAAAAACCUGUCAGUACAAGAUCAUGGACUACAAGCUGUAAAACCCCUUAAUUAACUACAAAAUCCCAAACAUUCUCAGUUCAAAAUGACCUACUCUAAAAUCAUGCUAUCCUAGUGGAAAUGGCUUGGUUACUUUUUUUUUUAUAUAUAUAGCUCUGCUUUGUUUUAAAUGCAGAAAUUAAAGUUUAACAGCAGCAAGGAGACUUCAGCUCUCUGCAUUAACCACAUGGAUGCUCAUCUCACACGUUCUGCUGAGCGACCCAGGGGUGCCAUUCCCCACAGGUCCCUGACACUGCACAACAUCCAGCGGGGCUCCGUGCUCCACAGACAGCAGUAGUUCCCUCAGUUCUCUGUAACAAUGCCAACUUGGAUGGAUGUUAUAGAACACUUCACUCCUGCCUUCCCUGUAGGAUAGAUUCUGUAGUUCCUGAUAUGAAAAUAAUUCCCCCGGAGUCGAAAAGCCUUCUUUGCACUAAAUGAAAACUUUCUACAUACAUAAUUCCUCUUCUAAUUAUUCCCCUCUUCUUUAUUUACUCUGACUCUUUAUAUCACUGACAUGGCAUACAAAAAGCCCCAGUUAACAUGUUUUCGCCAUUGUGAUAAGGGCUGUCCUUGCUACUGUGAGCAGGACAGCAGAACAUGCUCAAGAUUCUGAACAGAUUAAGACACAUGGAACAAUUAAAAAACAGUGAACUCUUUGGUUAUCAUGCCUGGAAAUUUCACUAUUGCAGAUAACACAUAACAGUUUGUGCCUGCAAGAGCUUCCUCUAGAUACCACCCAGCACCAGAAAUUAAUUUUGGUAACCAGGUUCUCCAAGGAAUUCUAUGCAAGGAUGAUUUCCUAAUUGCCCACAUGCAUUACUUGCAAAUCAAUUUUAACUUCCAUUCAGAAAAAGCAGAAACAAAAAAACAUAUAAAACAAGGCAAAAAAUGUUAUGCAUUUGACAUUCGAGGUGCUAGCUUCAGUGCACUGAAGUUUUAACUGGCCAUAAAACAAAUAAUUUCGGUCAGGUCCAGAUUACUUCCAAGCCAAUUUUCUAUUUCAUCCAUUUUUUGGAUGCCAAGUGUGUUCUCCUGAGUGACAAACAGCAAGGAUCUUAGAAUAGGAAGGAAAACACCUUGUUUCCUUCCUGUGUUCAAAGAGCAUCAGCUCUUUUGGUUUCUCUAAUCCAGCUUUUAGGUCUCCUGAAUAGAGGCAAUGAAUUAGACCUACUGAAACUCAACAGGAGCAGAGUAUUGAUCCAAUAACAGGUUGUUUCUUGGAAUACUGCAGCUGAAAUGGGCAGAUUAAGAGCUAUGCUAAGUGCCAAAACCCACUGCGUUUCACAGACAAAAGUCAUAUGAAACAAAACAAGGUCUGAAACUCAGCAACUGAGAUUUAAGUAUUUCCUGUACCAAUUUCACAGCAUUGAUCAGCAAUCAAACAAAAAGCCACCUUCAGCCCGUUUUGUCUCUGCUGGGGGAGCUAUUGAACACAAGAAAGCUGCUGUCCCACAAACCUGCCAAAUUAAAUAAGACUAAUAGUGAAUAAGAAUUUAAUAACAAAAAAAAAGACCCCAGGAAACACUCUAAGAGAAAUUUAGAAGGAUGCAGAACUGCUGGUUUUUAACAACCUCAAAAUAAGCUCACUGCUUUGUUUACACACAGGGGCCCUGGAGAGGUGUGGACUACAGAGGGAUCAGUAACAGGGCAGGUUUCAACAGCAGAUCCUUACCAUAAUCAUAGAGGGGGGAAAAAAUGGAGGGGGGCAGGGACUAACAUCUGGUAAUGCUUUUCAAUAAAUGAGUUUCCCACAGGCAAAUCAAAGCAAAAAAGAAGUUGACCACCUGCUGCCACGUAAACCAACUUCAAUUCAUCAUAUGCUUUCUCCAAGAGACAAGAUUUGGUUUCAGCAUGUGAGAGAACAGAUCAGAAGG